AUGGAAACGCGGUCCAAGCCGCGCCGGCAUUUUGAUCGGGGUGAUUGCCCCACAACGGCCCCGACUUUUGCGGCCGCCUCCGGAAAUCCUCUUUUGGGCUUGGAGCCUCCAGCUCGCGUUUUUGGCCUCCUCCACGAUCCGGGGUCAUGCACGCCUGCUCGAACCACCAUGCCCCGGAACCCGACACCUGCUGGCAAGCAACGGGUGCGGACGGGCUGUCUGACCUGUCGCAAGAGGAGGCGAAAAUGCGACGAGCAGAAGCCCAGAUGCGCCAACUGUGAAGUCAAGGGUUUUACGUGCAAGUAUGGCUCGGACUUGGCCUUUGUGCCCCCGCGAUCGGGGAAUGCGCCUGGUGGAAGGCAGGUGUAUGGGUCGAUCAGUUUCGUUGAUGACUCUCCUGUGGCCCACGCGGCUGCGAAAAGCAAGGAGAAGUCGCAAAGUCACGACAAACAUGCGACCGAGUCUCAGGAUAUUUCUCUGACAGCACAGGGGAUACUGAAUCCAUCAGACGAGACGCCGUAUUUGAGUCACAGUGGAAAUCGAACAGCAGUCGGCUUGAAUGACAUCCUGGCCUCGAAUGUGUCUAUCGACUACACGCAAGGAGUCUCGACCUUACCAACGGCACUGGGUCUGCCUGGAGGCUAUCCUGGGGGCAGUCCCAUCAGCCAGGAAUAUCUCCGUCUGACCAGAGACUACCAGCAUCUCCCCCGAAGACCUAUCAGUAUAAUCAGCAACUACGAGACCGAUCUCCUACGGCACUUCCGCUACUCGGUCGGUCCCUGGAUUGAUGUCGGGGACCCGUAUUGUGCGUUCGGAGUGCAAGCGCUCCUUCUCUCCAGAUCAAACCGACCUCUGCAGUCUGCCAUUUUGGCCUUGUCUGCUAGCCAAAGGUCACUUCUCGGUCUUGGCUUCCCCAAUCAAGACAUUAGUGGCGGUAUGCGAUUUCGCAAGGAGGCAGAAGAAAGCCUGGUGAUGGAGGCCGCCAUGUUGAGGCAUACUGGGCAAGCACUAUUGCUGUUACAAAGAAUUCUACCGGCAGGAGUUCAGCAGUGGCGCGACCGGCUCGAACCUCAUAUCGAGUCUGAUGGUCUAGUGACCCCUGGGGCGCUUGCAGAAGAGAUGGGCGAAGAGCUAUUCUGGUUGCACUUUCGACUUGAUCUCGCAUCUUCACUCAUAACAUGCAAACCUCCUCUUAUCCCCUUCCGUUCAUUCCUUCAACGCGACGGCUCUCCAAUCCACACCUCACAGCUCGCCCUCGAAAUACCCACCGUCCACCGGGUCUACAACCACGCCCUCUGCCUAUUAGGACACAGCCUAGCUCUCAUCUACGGAGACCCAGACAUAACCUCACCUCAAGCCGCUGGCUCACCAGAACUGGCAGCCUUCCCUUCCUUGCGACAAUCACACUUCCUCUCACAAUGGACCUUCCUCUGGACAGACUGCCAGAAAUGGUACAACGAGCGCCCGGUCGAUGCGCAGCAGAUCGUGGAUGUCCGCGGUGGAGAGGCGGACCAGAUCGACCCAGACCACGACUCCUCCUUCCCCAUUCUCAUCUUUACGACGCCCAUGGCGCUGGUCGCCAAUACUGUUUACCACAUCACCUCCCUACUUUUAUUGACGCACAAGCCUCGCUUAUUAAAGUCACUACCGGGUCCACGCUGCUUCACUUCGCAUAUCUGGCAUGCCCAAUCAAUAGCCGGUAUUUCGGCUAGUAAUGAUUCGCCGGAGCAGUGGGAUCCGAUACUCGUUGCGAGUCUUCUUUUAAUUGCUCGAGAGAUGACCCACGAAUCACAGCAGACUGUGCUCCUGGAUCUAUUCAGGAAAAUUACGGCGACAAUGGGGAUCAGUUUGGAACGUGAGACGCAGGCUCUUCAGUCUGUCUGGAAUAUUGCUCGGUAUGACGAGUGUCCGGAAGUGCAAGAUGUAUAA